AAGCGCCUGCCGCGCUGCCUGGCUCAACUCUCGUCUCUCGCGAGCUAUCAUGCCUCGGCAGAGCGCCGACGUGCUUGGCCCGUACUCAACCUCGCCACGGCAGUAGAUGGACAGCCGGCGUCAUGACUAGCAAGGCACUCGACUCCGCAGAUCGACUGUGAUCUUCCCGAGCUGCGCUACAACAAGGGCCUGACGCCUUGCGCAUAUAUAAGGCUCGCCGCCUCGCGAGCUCUCUCACACCGACCCACCGACGCAUCUUCGUCCUGUCCAUGGAGCGCACAGCCAUCCCGCCACGCGACUCUUCCAUGCGCUCUACUGCUGCCCGGAGCAGCAGCACGGCAAGCCACAGCGACAAGCUGGCCAAGUUCUUCGGCGAGCCAGUGCCGCCGCCGCACGCACUUCAGCUUGCAGUCCCGCUCUCUCCGCCGCCGCCACAGCUAGAUGUGUACCUGCCAGGCUGCACGCUGCGCAAUAGCGCCUCGUGGAGCAAGCUGAGCGCCACCAUCGACGACAUCGGCCCGCUGUGCAUCCCUGCGCCGCGGGUGCCGCUCGAACCAGAGGUGCGCGCCCAUGCGACGCCCGAGGCUCGCGCAGCGAAGCGCUCUCCGGACCAGAGCAUGGCGUACCUGCGAGAGGCACUCGACGACCCUCAAGACGAGGCCUGGCGCACCAGGCAUGCCGGCUCGGUCAAGCCUCGCACCCUGCUCGACCGCCGCGCAGCAGAGCUCGAGACGCUGAAAGACACCCGCGCCCUGCCCUGGUCGCCGGCCACUGCCUCGUCAGGCAGCGCAAGCAGCCGACUGCCGAAGGUCUGCCCGGCCUUUCCGGCGGAGUAUCGCCUCCUGCGACGUGCGAUCCUGCUCGACGAGCCGGUCAGCAAGCUCGAUGCGGGGAAAGGCAUGGCGCUAGCACGUAAGCGCGGCUGGCACCGUCGGCGCCUCGUGCUCUCCAGCAACGCCACCGUGCGCGAGGGCCUCGGCAUCCACUGGGACAACGACUCGCUGCCGCCCACACCUCAGUUCGACUGCCUCGGCGAGAGCACGGCCGCGCCGUUUGCCUGUCUGCACAUCUUCAAGGGCGAUGGCCUGGUGGAGCUACAGCGGCUCACGCUCUCGUCGACGACGUUCAUCGCCGUAGCCGACUCGCGCUCGUCUUCCGAGCGCUGGGUCCUGCGCAUCGGCGGCGCGGCCUCGGUGCUUCCUCCAACCGACGUCAACGGCCGCUGGGCUCCGCCCGAGGAAUGGCGCAUCCAGCUGGACAGCCUUGAGCAACUUGUGCAUUGGCAGAAGAUGCUGCGGUCUCUCGUGCUUGCCCUUGUGCGGGCUGAGCAGUCCUUUCGUAUGGGCAACCAGCGCACCAGCGUCCGUCUAUCCGGCAGAGCUGGCUCGAAGCGCAGCUCAGCGCUCAGUAACGCCACGUCGCGGUCGUCCAGCAGCCGGUGCUGCAUGCAGGACAUGCCCGGCGAGGUAUCCCCCGAGAUGGCCGAGACCGAAUGGACCGGCUUGACGCUCGAAGCGGCCGCCAUACUUUCGCCUAGCCCGCGCGACGAGGUCCAUCCAGGUCCUGCCCAGCUCGCGCUCGACCAAGCUGUCCUCGCCUUCGAACGAGCUCGCCUCACAGGUGAUUUGGCCCUUGCACGCGAGGCUCUGGAGGUCAUGCGACCUGCCAGCGGCGUGGAACCUCUGCUGGCCGCCGACAGCGAGGACGAGGAGCACAUGGCUGACGAGCAGGCGGCCAGCGCCCCCAUGGUCCGCUCAGACGGAAGCGCCGUGCUGGGCAAGACCAAAGCUGAGCGAGCUCAUGCAAGGGCCGCUCGCAACUCCCUGACUCUCCGACGGGUGCGAGCCAACUCUGCCUCGAAUGCCUCGGGUGUCCCGAUCCGCGGCCUGCCGCUUCCGCCCCAAGGCCCCGCCCCCUGCGUCGCCCUGCCUGCGCUUCCGAUCCCUUCGGACAAGGCGCUGAAACUCGGCUCGCCGGUCAUCCUCGAUCCGGCGCCACGGCGCCUGACACCGAAGCGCUCGCUCCGCCUGGAGCUCUCCGGACAGCACCCUUACUCGGCAGCUGAGCGCGCCAUCGAUGUCCAUCCGCUGACGCUCAGCGAAGCGAUGCGCGCCUCCGUGUGGAGCACGAGUCCAUCCUCGUGGAGCUCGAGCGACGAUGCAACGUUCUCGCCGACUUCUUCCUACGCAGAGACGCUGCCGCCGCUCACGCCGGCGCUGUCGUCGCCGAGCGCCACCUUCGAGGCGGACAACUCGCGCCGGCCGAGCAUCGCCUCGCAGACGGCGGCCAAGCGUCAAUAUGCCAUGCUCGAUGCGCUCUCGCUUCAGCGCACGCGAGAGCGCCCGCACAAGACCGGCACGGGUGCUCGCGUCACCGUUUCCUCGGACGACCUGCACUCGCAGUCGCCGCUCGCGCAGCGGCAGAACGCCACGGAGCGGCGCAGCUCCUUCUUCCUGGCGUUCUCGACGUCGGACGACGAGGUCGAGGAGGUCAAGCCAUACGUGCCCGGGCCAAGCGCCUACCCUCGCCGCCGCUCGGACAUGGACGAGCAUCGCCAGGCCGUCCAGACCAUGCGCGACCGGUUGCACACGCGCGUGCCGUCGCCAUCGACCGGUGGGGUGCUGCCGUACGCCAAUGCCGGCUCGGCACCGGCGUCGCCAGCGGCAGAGCGCAGCCGACGGAUCGAGGGCGAGAUCAAGAGCGCCGUGCGCCGGCCGUCCAUCAAGGCUGAUGCGCCGGCUGUCGUCCCGCCCGCUACGCGCUCGAUGUUCAACCUCAAGGCCGCCGUGCGCACACCGCCGCCGUCACGUCCCCCGCCGUCGGUGCCUCGCGCCGGCUUCCCUCAGACACGCGUGGGCCUGGCACUCUGAAGAUGAGGUGGGCAGCAUGUGACGUGUGAUUGAAGCAGGCUAGUGUACAGAUGAUGGAGCAAUGAAGGAGCG